UCUAAGUGUUUGCAUGUUAUUUACUCAAAUAACAAGAAUGAGGUCCAUCAUCGCAAUUAUUAUUGUGGCUUGGUUGUGUGUUGAUAUCCUCUUGAUCAAGGGAGACGUUGGGACAGCUACAUCUUAUGAUCCUCCAUACUUGCCAACCAAAUGCAGUGGAUAUGACCAAAAUCAAUUUCCUGAAGGUGGCCUCUUUGCUGCUGCAAGUAAUGGAAUAUGGGACAAUGGAGCAGCAUGUGGCCGGAGGUACCGCAUCAGGUGCAUCAGUGGACUGAAACGACCAUGCAAGGAUGGCUCAAUAGUAGUAGAGGUAGUGGACAUCUGUCGGAACAAUCCAUGCCCGGCGACACUAGUACUAUCAAACACGGCUUUCAAUUGCAUCUCAAAUAUCCCUAGUGCCAAAGUCAACGUAGAAUAUGCUCAAAUAUAAAAUUGUGGAAGCUCCUCCCAGACUUUGCAAAGGCAUGAUCAUCCUUGCUGAGUGUUUGUAUAAUGUGUACUAUUUUCUUUGGCACUGUAAUACAUCAUAGAAAGACUUACUAAUUUGAGAACCAAGAGUGUUUCUGUUCUCUUUUCCUGUGGCAUUCUGAUAAAAUGCCCUCAAAGCACAAUAAACUGUCCAAGCGCUGAUGUUAUUCAUUAGAUAA